ACAAUUUUUACACAAGGUGAAUUUGCAGCAUCCUACAGUUCUUAAUAGUGUUUGCUGUUGCUUAGUGUGCUUGGGUGUGGAAGAUUUCUGACUUAACUCCUUAUAAAUUCAUCCAAACCUCAGCCCAGCCCACCUGUGACUUCUCCAUAGAUUCCUUCCCCUCUAAGCCCAACUCUUGCAAACACCUUGUUCCUCCUUGCUGCAGGUGUGGCCAUUGUCAACGUCUCCAGCCCACGUGGAACGAUUUGGGGGAUAAAUACAACAGCAUGGAGACCCCCCAGGUCUAUGUGGUGAAAGUGGAUUGCACCACAGACACCCCCCUCUGCUCUGAGUUUGGUGUCCGUGGGUACCCUACCCUAAAGCUGCUUAAACCAGGACAAGAACCUCUGAAAUACCAAGGCCCUAGGGACUUCCAGGCACUGGAAAACUGGAUGUUGGAGAAACUAAAUGAGGAACCAUCUGAUGCAGAAUCUGAGGUGGAACCACCAAAAGCCCCUGAACCAAAGCAGGGAAUGUACGAGCUCUCAGCAGAGAAUUUCAAGUUGCACAUAGCAGAAGGCCAUCACUUCAUCAAAUUCUUUGCCCCUUGGUGUGGUCACUGCAAGGCUUUGGCCCCCACCUGGGAGCAACUGGCACAAGCCUUCGAGCAUUCGGAAACGGUGAAGAUUGGCAAGGUGGACUGUACCCAGCAUUAUGAAGUCUGCUCUGAAGCCCAAGUUCGAGGCUAUCCCACACUCCUCUGGUUUAGGAAUGGUGAAAAGGGCGACCAGUACAAAGGGAAGAGGGACUUUGAGUCCUUAAAGGAAUAUGUGGAUGCCCAACUACAGAGCUCUGGGAAAGAGCCACCAGCAGAUGAAGCCACUGAGGCCCCACAGCCACCCACAGAAACCCCCCCUGCUGAG